CCAAUGCGCCGAUUAGAUCAAGAUUCUUGGGCGGAGCGUUGCACGUUUUAUGUCUAAGUAACCAUGUUUAUUUCUAAUUUAUAACCAGCCAAAGUUCAUAUUUUUGAAGAACUGUCUGCUGAAGUGUGAGUGAAAUUUGCCCAGACAUGGAUACUGUAUCAGACUCGAUGCUUGUGAGGGGACUGAUGUUCAUAGGUGGCUUCACAGUGCUGUAUUACAUGCUCAAAUGGUCCUGGAUUUGCUGGUGUGGAUUCAGAGUGUAUGUGCUGUCAAAAGUUUGGCAAACUGAUUUAAAGGCAUAUGGACAAUGGGCAGUUGUCACAGGGGCUACCGCAGGGAUUGGCAAAGCUUACGCAAAUGAGUUGGCCAGAAGAGGUCUGGACAUUGUACUGGUCAGCCGGUCAAAAGAUAAACUCCACAUUGUCGCCAAGGAGAUUGAGAGCCAACAUGGACGCCAGACCCAGAUCAUCCAGACAGACUUCACAGAGGGCCAUGACAUCUACCCUGCUAUAGCUGAGGCACUACGGGACCUGGACAUAGGCAUCCUGGUUAACAAUGUAGGCAUGAACUAUUCUGACAAGUUGGUACAUUUCCUGGACAUUCCCAACCCUGAGCAGAGAAGCACCCAGGUGAUCAACUGUAACAUCCUCUCUGUCACCCAGAUGACCAGACUGGUUCUCCCACGCAUGGUUUCAAGAGGGAACGGUCUGAUCAUCAACAUGUCUUCAGAGGCAGGUGCUCAACCACAACCCAUGCUGUCUCUCUACUCCGCCACCAAGAUUUUUGUGACAUAUUUUUCCAGAUCUCUGAAUUCAGAGUACAAGUCACAGGGAAUAACAGUUCAGUGUGUGGCUCCCUUUAUGGUGUCCACUAACAUGACCCACAACUUGCCCCCCAACCUGUUGUUGAAGAGUGCCAGUGCUUUUGCCCGUGAAGCUCUGAACACAGUGGGUCACUCUAGCUACACCAGUGGCUGUGUCUCUCACGCUCUUCAAAACAUUGCUCUGUCCAUUUUCUUCCCUGAUUGGCUACGCCUUUCAUCCUACUGUGUGAAGCAGACAGAGAAAUUUGCACAGAGCAUGGAGAAGAAAAUUGAUGAAAUGACAGAACUUUCUGCAAGCAAAGAGGACUAAGGAGUGCAAAGGAGGUUGCUACUGAAACGUUUGUGGUGCUUUAAAGAGGUCAUAUUGGAAAUUGAUAUGAGAAGUUUUACUUCAUAUGUAGACAACUAAUUGAUCAAUGUUACUGUUUUUGCAUUGACUGCCAUUGAAAGGUAUUGGUAAUAGGAAAGAGAUUGUGUAAUGUUGAUGUGAUGUAAACAAGCUGACACCAAAUCCAUCAUGAACUAUAUAGCCUGAGUGCAGCAGAGUAUGAUCUGUCGGAGACUCUCAAACAGGCUUCUAUAGUACAUAUAUUAGCUAUAUACUUAUUAGGGAUAUAGACUACAACUUUAUAACUGAAUGGUGGAUCAUAUGCAUGUUCUGGUUGAUUUGGACAUUUAACAUAGUACAAUUUUUGGUAUCAACCGUCACAUUUUUGUGAUCUUGAUUUUCUUAGAAAUAAAUAGAAAGACAAUUA